AUGGCGGACCACUCUGAUCUCUCGGCGGACAAUCCUGGUGAAUCGCGACCCAUGGCUACUGAUGGCAUGCGACGUGGAGGUGGAUCUAACACCGAUAGAGGCGCGGUGUCUGACGUGACCAGAUUCAUGCUCAACCUCAAGCUCGAAAGUCCCGGCAGUUCAAAUACCACUAUUCACCCCCAAGAUCCUACACCGGCUCACCUAGUCCGCGAGUUUGAGGCUCGGAUUCCUGUUGAAGGUCUUCAGGAGUGGAGAGGGUAUACACAGAAGUAUCUCAAGGACACCAAUGGACGCAUCUACACGCGAAGAAAGCUGGCCAGCUCAGGUGGUCUCCUGCCGGGCACAGCGGCGGCACUGCCGAUUACCCAGAAAUAUCAGCUCAUGAAGGCACAAAAUGUAUCCGAGACCGAUCCCGAGUUCCUCACGGCUCGCAUCUUCCUUGCCGACAUCCAACAGCGUCAGCAAUGUCAACAGGCGAUCAAUGCGCAGAAAAUGGCCAUGCAACAGCAGGCCCACAAAUUUCGCUUCCUCGAACUUCCCACCGAGAUUCGACUCAAGAUCUACACAAAACUCUUCAAGGGCAAUACCAUCUACCUGAGACCCAUCUACCUGAGACUCUCCCAUGAGUCCUCGUUCCAGUACCGCGACGACAAUAUCACCAGGAUCCUAAGCGUCUGCCGACAACUGCGAGCGGAAGCAAUGCCUGUGUUUCACAAGACAGUGUGGUUCGAAGGCGAGGUAAAGGCCUUCUCCGCGGUGAAGAGACUCAGUGGGGAGCACUGUGGGUUCCUCAAUGCAAACAAGUUCGAACAGGUGAAGAUCAAGAGCAGCCCUCACCUCCUAGGGCGGGACGCGAUUUUGAUCCUAGCAGACUGGGUUGUCCGGUCACCUACGUUGCGAGAAGUCCAUUGUUCCAUGAAAAACAGUUUGCGGUCUGAUGAGUUUGAGUCCAGCGUCCGUCCAAACAAGCUCUAUGAAUCAGAGGCACUUCGUCGGUCAGAGCUGCGGAACCUCAUGUCGGACGCUAGCUUCGUUGGUGCUGACACUAGUCAUCACUUUCUAUGGAUGAGGGAAGAUAAGAUCCGCAUGAUCGAGCAGCUCUCUGCGAAGAUGAAAGGUUCGAUGAGUACUGAAGCAAUACUCAUCAUCGAACAGACGCCGCUCGCCAAAUAUGAUUACGGCAACGGUGACGGGGAUUUCCGCAUUUAUGUUCGCGGGAAGAGGUUGGAGUACAAGCUGAGAGGCGAGUGGUUCUAUAUUCCUCAGCAGCGCUGGUCACAGUCGUGA